AUGACAGAAAAUAUAGAAGACACUGAGAAUCUGAUGCCCACUGAGAGGAAGUCCUUCUGGAGGACAGCAGAGGAAAGACGAAUGUCUGAUCUUACCCGGGUGCUGGAAUGGCUGGAGCGGAGGCAGGGCAAGAAGCGUGCCCUUCAGAAAAAGAAGGCCGAAACCCAGGGUGCAGAAGAGAAGGCAGGAAAGAAAACUGCAGGCGCUAAGAAGAAGCCAGACAAAAGCAGCCGCAAAGUGACCUUCAACAAGGGCUACGUGUUACGUCCUUUCAAGAAGAAGGAACCCAGCAUUUACCGCAAAGGAAUUGAAACAGACACAAAGGGCAAGCGUGUGAGCAUAAUCCCUCCCAACUUCAGCAGGGAUAGCAUUAAGAAGCCUGGUGCAGCUGGAUCCCGAAGAACAUCAGAGAGCACAGACAUAGACAUCAAGGACGUUAUAGCCCUAGAAACCAACACUCGGGUAAGCUCUUUCCGAAGACAAAGCUCCGUAGAUCCUGGACUUCAGGAAGGUAUGUUUGGCAGCCGGAGGGCAGGCCUCCUGAGAGAAUGGGCAAACAAGGCUCCUGACAACAACUACGAACGCAAGCUGAAAAGCCUCAUGGAGAAGGGCAUCGAGCCCAAGAUGGAGAUCGCUAAGAUGCUGAAGCCAGAGGAAGUGCUGAGCUGCAGGUACCUGCGUUUGUCCAAGAACAACAUCAAGACCUUGAUCAAGCUGUGCAAGGAUGCAGGCAUGGAUGUGGACAUCCACCCACACAUGGUGGAGGCCGAGAUAGACGCAAAGAAGAUAUUUGGACAGCGAUUAAGCGUAGCACUCUAA